AUGAGAAAAGCGGCGCCUCUAGCGGCGGCGGUGUGGCGGCGCCGCCGCUUUCACGGUGUCUCGUUCCCUCUCCCCUUCCCUUCUCCUCACCUCAUGACAGCUGACUUCAUCGGCAGCGGUUGGGGCCGCCGAUUGACCACAGCCCACUCUCGCAAUCCCUUCGCGUUUAUCUUCUCUCAGAAUCAAUUCUUUAUCUCAAGGCAUAGUUCCACUUCUCGCUAUCCCCUCCAUGGACGAACUGAGUCGGAGGAGGAAGAUUGGGGUGUUGAAUGGGAGGAAGAGGAAGACAGAGAGGCUGGGAUUGGCGAUGGAGGGGAUGGAGGGGGAAUUGUGUUGGGAGAUGAGAAGUGGGGUGAAAAAGCACUGUUUUUGGCUCGUGAGGUUCUUCUUAGCUUUGGGGAUGAUUUUGCUAUUUAUGCGUUUAAGUUGUCUGAGAAGGGCUACAUCUAUGUGAGAUUGGAUAAGCUUACGAACAGAUUUGGGUGCCCAGACAUUGAGGAGAUUGAAAACUUCAACAAUCUCUACAAGAAGAGAUUAGAUGAGGCUGGGAAAGCUGGAACAAUACCUGCAGAUAUGGCUCUUGAGGUAUCAUCUCCAGGAGCUGAAAGACUCCUCAAGGUGCCCCAAGAUUUAAGUCGCUUCCAAAACAUGCCUAUGUGGGUCUGCUAUCUGGAAGAGAACCAAAACCUCAAACUCCACAAGGAAACCACAGAUAAAGUUCUCGUCCUCGAAUCGAUUGACAAAGAGUCCGAGUGCUGCGAGUUCAAGCUUGCUGAUGUUAAGGAGAACAGAGCCAAGCUCGGUAAAGGCAGGCCCUUGAACAAGAAGCUGAAAGAUUGGAGAAUCAUUCUUCCAUUCAAAUCCAUUCUUAGAAUAAAACUCUAUUUAGAUUCAAGCAAGUUAUAAACAUAGUUCCACCUGAAAACCAUUCCCCCAAGAAUCCCGACAGUGCCGUCGGCCGCCCUUCUAAAAUAAGCUCUGCAAGGGCUGUUCCGGUGGCCGGCAUGGCACCUCAGCAAUGCCGUCCUUCAUUGGGCUCGGCACUAUUAUGGCAAUCUGAUGCAGCAUUACAGUUGUUGAUUCUAGAUCGCUGAUAAUAUUUUCUCUCUUUUGGGAGCCCACAUAUGUAGACUUCAUUUGUUUGAUAAACUUUAAUUAAGGUUAUAUGUUUCAAAGCUUUGGUUAUAUGUGAAUGAAAAGUAGGGGCAUUUGCCUACA